UUUUUUGUUUUUAACCGCCUUCUCUAAUCACUUGGCACUUCAGAUAAUUCAUUAUUCAGUAUACAGUUUCAGGGUUGCUUUUUUUCAGAUAAAGUCUCCCAUGUAAAUGUACAAAUAGCUCCCUUCUUCGUUUAAAACAAUUUCAUCCUAAAUUUGGAAAAAAAAUUAAAGAGAAAAAAAUGAAAUUAUACAAAUAUGGGUCUCUGUGUCUGAAAAGAGUAAAUAUCCGAAAUGGUAUAGCUAAACACACGGAAGUCACGGACGACCACAUGACUCCCGAACUGAAACUCCGCCUGAUAACUCCCAGAUCGCCUUUGUGGACCGAUAAACCGGAAACUUGUGAAUUCAAAAAUCCUUUCUGGGCCUUUUAUUGGGCCGGUGGACAAGCUUUGACACGAUACAUUCUGGAUCAUGCUGAAGAUUUUCAAGGCCGUUAUGUUCUCGACCUUGGAAGCGGUUGUGGUGCGUCUGCAAUUGCUGCAGCCAAAUGUAAUGCUAAAGCCUGUUUUGCGAAUGACGUAGACAAUGUUUCCUGUGAGGCUAUUUGCAUGAAUGCGCACAUGAAUGGCUGCAGAGUCCAUAUUAUUCAAAAAAACAUAAUUGCUAAAAAAAUACAAUUCAAAUUUGAUUACGUCCUAGUAGGGGAUAUGUUUUACGAUCCCUUCUUCGCAAGUAAGCUGUUCUCUUGGUUAGAAAUGUGCAAGUCUAAAGGGGCAGAUGUCCUUAUUGGCGAUCCCGGUAGGUAUGCCCUAGCAAAAAAUUUCAGAAAAUCCUUGAAACUCAUAGAAGAAUAUCAAUUGCCUCUAAAAUAUGCCGCUGAAAAUAAUGGAUUUACCAGCAGUGCAGUUUGGAGGUUGUAAUCUGUAGUUCAUGAUAAUGUGAUAAAAAUAUAAUAUUUUUAUAUAUGUACACUGAAGUUGUUGAACACGACAAAAUGUUGUGAUGCUCAGUUUGAAAUUGUGAUAAGCAGAUUAAAAUAAUGUGAUUUGAUACUUGUGAUAUUAACAUAUUUUGUUAUUGGAAUUAUAAAAUAAAAGUUUGUAUACUUUGUUUUUA